CACACCAGCCUCUGAGCCACCAUGGGGCUGCCACUAGCCCGCCUAGUGGCCCUCUGCCUGGCCCUGACCUUGGCCAGGGGCGAGGAGCUGCGGAAAGAGGGCAGAACGCACAACCAUGGCCACAACGUCUGCAGCACCUGGGGCGACUUCCACUACAAGACCUUCGAUGGCGACGUCUUCCGCUUUCCCGGCCUCUGCGACUACAACUUCGCCUCGGACUGCCGUGACACCUACAAGGAGUUUGCUGUGCACCUGAAGCGGGGCCCGGGCCGCAAGGGUGGCCGCCCCCAGGUCGAGUACAUCCUGCUGACCGUCAAGGACGACACGGUUUACCUCACUCCCAAGCUGGCUGUGCUGAACGGGGCCAUGGUCAGCACCCCGCACUACAGCCCUGGGCUGCUCAUCGAGAGGAACGACGCCUACACCAAGGUCUACUCCCGUGCCGGCCUCACCCUCAUGUGGGACCGGGAGGACUCGCUCAUGCUGGAGCUGGACAGUAAAUUCCAGAACCACACGUGCGGGCUCUGUGGGGACUACAACGGCCUGCAGAGCUACUCCGAGUUCCUGUCUGAUGGCAUGCUCUUCAGUGCUGUCCAGUUCGGGAACAUGCAGAAGAUCAACAAGCCCGAGGUGGUGUGCGAUGACCCAGAGGAGGGGCAGACCCCUGAGUCCUGCUCUGAGCACCGCGCCGAGUGCGAGAAGCUGCUGACAGCCGCGGCCUUCAAGGACUGCCUGGGCCUGGUGCCGCUGGAGCCGUACGUACGGGCCUGUGUGCAGGACCGCUGCCAGUGCCCCUCGGGCGUUUCCUGCGUCUGCAGCACCCUGGCUGAGUUCUCCCGCCAGUGCUCGCAUGCUGGCGGGCGCCCCGGGAACUGGAGGACUGGCACUCUCUGUCCCAAGAGCUGCCCCGGGAACAUGGUUUACCUGGAGAGUGGCUCGCCCUGCAUGGACACCUGCUCACACCUGGAGGUCAGCAGCCUGUGUGAGGAGCACCGCCUGGACGGCUGUUUCUGCCCUGAAGGCACCGUGUACGAUGACAUUGCGGGCGGCGGCUGCAUCCCCGUGAGCCAGUGCCACUGCAAGCUGCAGGGACAGAAGUACGCGCCCGGCCAGAAGAUCACCAAGGACUGCGAGCAGUGCGUGUGCAAUGCCGGCCGCUGGGUGUGCAAAGACCGGCCGUGCCCCGGGUCCUGUGCGCUGGAGGGCGGCUCCCACAUCACCACCUUUGACGGGAAGAGGUACACGUUCCACGGGGACUGCUACUACGUGCUGACCAAGAGCGACCACAAUGACUCCUACGCCCUCCUGGGCGAGCUGGCCGUCUGCGGCUCCACGGACAAGCAGACCUGCCUGAAGACGGUGGUGCUGCUGGCCGACAAGAAGCAGAACGUGGUGGUCUUCAAGUCGGAUGGCACUGUGCUCCUGAACGAGCUGCAGGUGAAAUUGCCCCAUGUGACGGCGAGCUUCUCCAUCUUCCAACCGUCCUCGCAUCACCUCAUCGUGAACACUGCCUUCGGCCUCAGGAUGCAGGUCCAGCUGGUGCCGGUCAUGCAGCUCUUCCUGACGCUGGACCAGGCCGCCCAGGGCCGCGUGCAGGGCCUCUGUGGGAACUUCAAUGGCCUGGAGGGCGAUGACUUCAAGACGGCUGGUGGGCUGGUGGAGGCCACGGGGGCGAGCUUCGCCAACACCUGGAAGGUCCAGUCGAGCUGCCCCGACAAGCUGGACUGGCUGGACGACCCCUGCUCCCUCAACAUCGAGAGCGCCAACUAUGCCGAGCAUUGGUGCUCCCUGCUGAGGAAGACGGAGUCCCCCUUCGGCAGGUGUCACUCGGUUGUGGACCCGGCUGAGUACUACAAGAGGUGCAAGUACGACACGUGCAACUGCCAGAACAACGAGGAGUGUCUGUGCGCCGCCCUGUCCUCCUACGCCCGUGCCUGUGCCGCCAAGGGCGUCACGCUGCGGGGCUGGCGGGAGAACGUCUGCAACAAGGACGUGGGCUCCUGCCCCAACUCGCAGAUCUUCCUGUACAACCUGACCACCUGCCAGCAGACCUGCCGCUCGCUGUCCGAGGCCGACGCCCACUGCCUCCAGGGCUUCGCGCCCGUGGACGGCUGCGGCUGCCCCGACCGCACCUUCCUGGACGAGAAGGGCCGCUGUGUGCCCCUGGCUAAGUGCUCCUGCUACCACCGAGGGCUCUACCUGGAUGCGGGAGAGGUGGUCCUGAGGCAGGAGGAGCGGUGCGUGUGCCGCAACGGGAGGCUGCACUGCAAUCCAGUCAAGCUGAUUGGCGAGACCUGCAAAGCCCCAAAGAUCCACAUUGACUGCAACAACCAGACCGCGCUGACCAUCCGGAACCCCCGUCCCCUCAGCUGCCAGACGCUGGCUGCAGGACAUUACCAGACAGAGUGUGUGAGCGGCUGCGUGUGCCCCGAGGGGCUGAUCGAUGACGGCCGAGGCGGCUGCGUUGUGGAGGAGGACUGCCCCUGUGUGCACAACAAGGGCUUCUUCUCCCGCGGGGACAAGAUCAAGGUGGACUGCAACACCUGUACCUGCCAGAGAGGACGCUGGGCGUGCACCCAGUCUGUGUGCCACGGCACCUGUGUCAUCCACGGGAGCGGCCACUACAUCACCUUUGAUGGGAAGUACUACAACUUCGAUGGACACUGCUCCUACGUGGCCGUUCAGGACUACUGCGGCCAGAACUCCUCGCUGGGCUCCUUCAGCAUCAUCACCGAAAAUGUCCCGUGUGGCACCACGGGCGUCACCUGCUCCAAGGCCAUCAAGAUCUUCAUCGGGAGGACAGAGCUGAAGCUGGAGGACAAACACCGCGUGGUGAUCCAGCGCGACGUGGGCCACCAUGUGGCCUACACCACGCGGGAGGUGGGCCAGUACCUGGUGGUGGAGGCCAGCAUCGGCAUCAUCGUCAUCUGGGACAAAAGGACCACCAUCUUCAUCAAGCUGGCCCCCUCCUACAAGGGCACGGUGUGCGGCCUAUGUGGGAACUUCGACCAGCGCUCCAACAAUGACUUCACCACGCGGGACCACAUGGUGGUGGAGAGCGAGCUGGAUUUCGGGAACAGCUGGAAGGAGGCCCCCACCUGCCCGGACGUGAGCGCCACCCCCGAGCCGUGCACCCUGAAGCCACACCGCCGCUCCUGGGCCGAGAAGCAGUGCAGCAUCAUCAAGAGCCCGGUCUUCAGCGCCUGCCACAGCAAGGUGAACCCCACACCCUUCUAUGAGGCCUGUGUCUACGACUCGUGCUCCUGCGACUCGGGUGGCGACUGUGAGUGCUUCUGCUCUGCUGUGGCCGCCUACGCCCAGGAGUGCACCAAGGAGGGGGCCUGUGUGUUCUGGAGGACGCCGGACCUGUGCCCCAUAUUCUGCGACUACUACAACCCCCCGCACGAGUGUGAGUGGCACUACGAGCCUUGUGGGCACCCCAGCUUGGAGACCUGCAGGACCAUCAAUGGCAUCCACUCCAGCAUCUCCAUGUCCUACCUUGAGGGCUGCUACCCCCGGUGCCCUAAGCACAGGCCCAUCUAUGAUGAGGACCUGAAGAAGUGCGUCAGAAGAGACCAAUGUGGCUGCUAUAUCGAGGACACCCGCUACCCACCUGGAGCGUCCGUUCCCACGGAUGACAUCUGCCAGUCUUGCAUGUGCAGCAAGUCCUCCAAGGUCAUCUGCUGGCCCGAGGAAGGAAAGAUUCUCAACUACACCCAGCACGGCUGCUUCUGCUACUGGGAGCUAUGUGGCCCCAACGGGACGGUGGUGCAGCACUUCAACACCUGUGGGUGCCCCUCUACACCCUCAACCUCCUCCACACCCACCAGCACGACCCCCGUCACCUCCACCACCGCCACCGCCACCACCAUCACCACAACCACCCCCACCUCCAGCACAGGUUCAUCUUCCACUUCAACUCCGUCGCCGUGCUGCUUCUGGUCCGACUGGAUCAACGAGGAUCACCCCGAGACUCACGGCGACAGCGGGGACCGUGAGAGGUUCGACAGCGUCUGCCAGGCCCCUGAGGACAUCGAGUGCAGGGCGGCCACGGAGCCCCAGCUCAGCUUGGAGGAUCUGGGCCAGAAGGUGCAGUGCAAUGUGUCAUUUGGGUUCAUCUGCAAGAACGAAGACCAGUUUGGGGACGGACCAUUUGGAGUCUGCUAUGACUACGAGAUACGUGUCCGCUGUUGCCUGCCCAUGGAGGAGUGUCCUUCGACCCCAACCACGACCCCCACGACCACCACCCCCACCACGACCACCAUGCCAGAGACCACAACCCUGACCCCCACCCCUACGACCACUGUGACCAUAACACACACCACGACCCGCACCACGGGGACCCCCACCAUGACACCCAGCACCAUCACCACCACGUCCACAGAGACCUCCACCCCGACUCCCACCACUACACAUACCACGUGCAAGACCAUUACCACUACUACGUGUGUGGCUGACUGCGAAUGGACUGGCUGGCUGGAUUCUGAUAAACCAACCUUUACCAGCACAGGUGGAGACAUUGAACCCAUCGGAGAUGUCUGUGGAAGAGGCUGGGUAGCCAACAUCUCCUGCAGAGCCCAUAUGUAUCCAAACGAUUCCAUCGAACAGCUUGAACAAACGGUGGUUUGCAACACGUCAGUUGGACUGGUGUGCAAAAACCAAGACCAGAAGCCUGGGGGAGUCAUCCCCAUGCCUUACUGCCUCAACUAUGAGAUCAACGUCUACUGCUGUGGGUUGUGUCUCUCCACACCUUGCCCCACGACCCCAGAGACCUCAACCCGGACCACGACCAUCACCACCACCACCACCACAGAGACCACAACCCCGACCCCAACCACCACCACCACCACAGAGACUACAACCCCGACCCCCACCAUCACCACCACCACAGAGACCACAACCCCAACGCCCACCAUCACUACCAUCACCACCACCACCACAGAGACCACAACCCCAACGCCCACCACCACCACCACCACCACCACAGACACCACAACCCCCACCAUCACCACCACCACCACCACCACCACCACCACAGAGACCACAACCCCGACCCCCACCAUCACCACCACCACCACCACCACCACAGAGACCACAACCGCCACCACGACCACCACCCCAGGGACCUCAACCGAGACCCCCAGCAUCGCCACCACCACCACCACAGAGCCCUCAACCCCCACUCCCAGCAUCACCACCACCACCACCACCACAGAGCCCUCAACACCAACCCCCCCCACCACCACCACCACAGAGACCACAACCCCCACCACGACUACCACCCCAGGGACCUCAACCGAGACCCCCAGCAUCAUCACCACCACCACCACAGAGCCCUCAACACCAACCCCCACCACGACGAGCACCCUGUCCUCGAGCACUGUCACCACUCCGUGUGUGGCUGACUGCAAAUGGACUGGCUGGCUGGAUUCUCAUAAGAAACCCUUUCCCAAACCGCGUGGAGACUUUGAACCCAUUGGAGACGUCUGUGGAUCAGGCUGGGCAGCCGACAUCUCCUGCAGAGCCACCAAGUUUCCACAUGUUCCCAUCGAACAGCUUGGACAAAGGGUGGUGUGCAACACUUCAGUUGGACUGGUGUGCAAAAACCAAGACCAGAAGCCAGGGGGACCCUUCCCCAUGCCUUACUGCCUCAACUAUGAGAUCAACGUCUACUGCUGUGGGUUGUGUGCCCCCACAUCUACCCCCACCACCACAGACACCUCAACCCCGACCCCCACCAUCACCAUCACCACCACCACCACCACAGAGACCACAACCGCCACCACGACCACCACCCCAGGGACCUCAACCGAGACCCCCAGCAUCAUCACCACCACCACCACAGAGCCCUCAACACCAACCCCCACCACGACGAGCACCCUGUCCUCGAGCACUUGCUACUGUUUUCUGAACGACACGGCCUAUUGCCCAGGCGAGGUGGUGUACAACGGCAGGCACGGGGACACCUGCUACUUCGUGAACUGCUCGCUGGACUGCUCCUGGCAAUUCUUCAACUGGUCCUGCCCGUCCACCCCCUCCCCAACGCCCAGCACACCCACGCCAACGCCCACGCUGUCCACAACAUCAAGCACGCCAGCCACCACCAAGCGCCCUGGGUGCCCUGACUUUGAUCCUCCCAGAGAGGAGAACGAGACGUGGUGGCUCUGCAACUGCACCAUGGCCACAUGCAAGCACGACAACACAGUGGAGAUCGUGCAGGUGGAGUGCGAGCCCCCGCCCAUGCCCACCUGCUCCAACAACCUUAAGCCCGUACGCGUCCUGGACCCCGACGGCUGCUGCUGGCACUGGGAGUGCGACUGCUACUGCACAGGCUGGGGGGACCCACACUACACCACCUUCGACGGGCUCUACUACAGCUACCAGGGCAACUGCACGUACGUGCUGGUGGAGGAGGUCAACCCCACCGUGGACAACUUCGGGGUCUACAUCGACAACUACCACUGUGAUGUCACCGACCGAGUGUCUUGCCCCCGCACACUCAUCGUGCGCCACGAGAGCCAGGAGGUGCAGCUCAGGACGGUGCAGAUGCUGCCCCUGAAGGUGCAGGUGCAGGUCAACGAGCAGUCCGUGGCGCUGCCCUACAAGAAGUACGGGCUGCAGGUGUACAAGUCGGGCUUCAAGUACGUGGUGGACAUCCCCGAGCUGGACGCCCUCAUCUCCUACGACGGCCUCUCCUUCUCCAUCAGGCUACCCUACCGCCUGUUUGGCAACAACACCAAGGGCCAGUGUGGCACGUGCACCAACACCACCUCGGAUGACUGCGUGCUGCCCAGUGGGGAGGUCAUCUCCAACUGCGAGGUCGCAGCUGACCAGUGGGUGGUGGACGACCCCUCCAAGCCACACUGUCCCCACUCCAGCUUCACCAGCCCACGCCCGUCCACCACGACAGCCAGCAGCCGCACCCCCACACCUGAGAACUGUGAUCCUUCCCUCUGCGAGCUGAUCAAGGACAGCUUGUUUGCCGAGUGCCACGCCCUGGUGCCCCCCCAGCAGUACUAUGAUGCCUGCGUGUUCGACAGCUGCUUCGUGCCCGACUCAGGCCUGGAGUGCGCCAGCCUGCAGACAUAUGCGGCCCUCUGUGCCCACGAGGGCGUCUGCAUCGACUGGCGGAACCACACCCAGGGGGCCUGCCCGGUUACGUGCCCGUCUCACAGGGAGUACCGGGCCUGCGGUCCUGCCGAGGAGCCCACCUGCGGGUCCAGCUCCUCGCUGCGGAAGGACACAGGCCUGGUGGAAGGCUGCUUCUGCCCCGAGGGCACCACCAGCUACGCCCCCGGCUUUGAUGUCUGCGUGGAGUUCUGCGGCUGUGUGGGACCUGAUGACGUGCCCAGAAAGUUUGGGGAGCGCUUUGAGUUCGACUGUAAGGACUGCGUCUGCCUGGAGGGUGGAAGAGGCAUCGUCUGCCAGCCCAGGAAGUGCAGCCAGAAGCCCCUGCCUGAGUGCAAGGAGGACGGCACCUACCUGGUCACGGAGGUCAACCCCACUGACACCUGCUGCACCAUCAGCUCCUGCAAGUGCAAUGCCAGCCUGUGCAGGGAGAAGCCCCCUGAGUGUUCCCUGGGAUUCGAGCUGAAGAGCGAGAUGGUGCCCGGAAGGUGCUGCCCCCUCUACUCGUGUGUGCCCAAGAAUGUGUGUGUUGUCGGGAAUGCUGAGUACCAGCCCGGCUCUCCAGUUUACUCCUCCAAGUGCCAGGACUGCGUGUGCACCGGCAGCAGGAAUAGCACCACGCAGCUCAACGUCAUCUCCUGCACCCACGUGCCCUGCAGCACGUCCUGCAGCCCCGGCUAUGAGCUCGUGGAGGCCCCUGGGGAGUGCUGCAUGAAGUGUGAGCAGACCCACUGCAUCAUCAACCAGCCCAGCGGGCAGUACAUCCUGAAGCCCGGGGACAGAAAGAGGGACCCCACCAACAACUGCACCUUCUUCAGCUGCAUGAAAAUCCACAACCAGUUCAUCUCGUCCAUCUCCAACAUCACCUGCCCGGAAUUUGACGCCAGCGCCUGCCUCCCGGGCUCCAUCACGCUCAUGCCCAACGGCUGCUGCAGGAAGUGCAUCCUUCGCAACGAGACCAGGAUCCCCUGCUCCACCAUCCCCGUUACCAAGGAAAUUUCACAUGCCGGCUGCAGCAAGUUGGUGACCAUGAACUACUGCUCCGGGUCAUGCGGGACCUUCGCCAUGUACUCUGCCGAGGCCCAGGCCCUGGACCACAGGUGCACCUGCUGCAAGGAGGGGCGCACGAGCCAGCGGAAGGUGGUGCUGGACUGUCCCCACGGUGGCUCGCUGGACUACACCUACACGCAUAUUGAGAGCUGCCUGUGUCGGGACACCACAUGCGAGCCCCUGCCACCCCAGGGCAGCACCCCCAGCCGUGUGCGGCGCUCUGGCCUCACGGCCCCGCCUCCGUGGAGGAGGUGAGCAGGGCAGGCAUGGCCACCCAGGCCCCGCCCUCCACUGUCCUCCUCAUCGCCCUGCUGACCCUCUGAGCUUUCCGGCUUCCUAAUUCCUCUCUGCGGAUAUUUAUUUUCCGAGCCUUUGUUCAAUUCUUUACUUUCCUAAUAAACUUGGGCAAAGACGC